CAGAAUAGGUCGGGGCCUGGCAAGGACAGGCAGCAAGAAAGUCCGGGGACUGAGGCGAAGGGACAGGAAGUACAGGCCGCGCCGAGGCCCGAGCUGGAUUGUGCUGCCAUGAGAAUAGUGACAGUCCAUGAGCAGGCAUGCAAAUGCAGAGAAAAGAGGGACUUUCCAGUACAAAUGAGGGACUGCAGGUUGAGCUGUCAAAAGAGGGACUGUCCCUCCGAAAAAGGGACAGUUGGGAGGCAGGUCAAGAAACGUAUGUUGAUCCGCAGACUGGAUAUUUGGUAUUUACCGAAAUUGUUCACGUGAGAAGAGGCAAAUGCUGCGGCAGUGGAUGUAGGCAUAAUGGAGGCAUUAAGUACAGUGGUUACGGUUGCCACCUUUUCCGGAAAAAAAUACCUGCCUUCCUAUAUAUUUGGGAUCAACCAUCAUUUCACCAGCCAGGUGGCAACCCUAAGUGCAGUGUAUCUACAGUUGUCCAUAUGGCCAGGAGAAUGUUAAAGACUCAUCAAAAAGAAAGCAAUUUAAUUCAUUUUAUUAUACGUGACAGCUGAAUUCAAUCGUUCCACUAAUGUUUUCAUUAAUUGUACAGAUUUUAAAAUAUAGUACUGCAAAGGAAUGGUAUUUAGCCCAGCUAACGAUCCUGUGCUCUUAGUAAAUAUUCUUAAGUAAUGAAUCCAACGUUCAUUCUAAUAAACAUCAAAUGGGUAGCAAAUGUUCCUGGUCAUUAAUGUGUGUGUACAAUGUUACUAGGUCCAAUUAGUACAGCACUGUUGUACUCAUGUUUUAAUUUGAAAUCCAAUUUCUGGUAUUUUUUAUUGUGUAUUUCUCUUUUUAAAUGUUUCAUUUUCUAUGCUUUGUUUUUUUUCUAGAAUUUUAAAUGAAAACUAAAAUUGGUUAUCUGUCAAGAACAGCGAGAAACCCUCUCUUUAUUUUGAAGUUGCUGGUGUUCUGUGUUCACACACGCAUUUAACGAUGAUAAAGAGAAGAACAUUAGAAACUGUAUAACUAGAACAUUCUUUGCUCAUUACCUUGCUCUUUUAUGUUGUUGAUAUCCACAGCAGUUUGAAUACAUGUUGUAAAGUG